AUGUUGAAAUCAUUCACUUCCUCAUCCCUUGGGCAUCUUCCUGUAUAUGGAGGUUAUGGUUGCAAGGAUGUUUCCACCAAACAGAAGCCUGUUGUUAUGUGCAAGCUUCCUCCUACAAAAUUUAAGGGAAAGAAGCUUGUUGUUUCUUCUUCGUCUUCUCUGCCUAUGCUGCCUAUGUUAACGCGGGUUUGUAGGCCAAUUAAAUGUCAAGCGAUGGAGUUGACUAAGGAGGCAUAUGCAUAUAGGGAAGAGGGGCGACUUCCUCAGGAUUUUCGGUACCGGGUCGAUACAGAUGUUGAUAGAAAACCGGGAUUGUGGCCUCCUGAGAACAGAGUUGAUAACCCCGGACUUCAUAAUCCUUUGCUUCGACAAGAAAGAAUGGGAUGCGGAUGGUUAGCUGCUAUCUUUGAAUGGGAAGGUGUGCUUAUAGAAGACAAUCCUGACCUUGAAAAACAAGCGUGGUUGGCCCUUUCUGAGGAAGAAGGAAAAUCGCCGCCUCCGGCUUUCAUUCUCCGGAGAAUCGAAGGGAUGAAAAAUGAACAAGCAAUAUCAGAAGUUCUCUGCUGGUCAAGAGAUCCUGUUCAGUUGAAAAGAAUGGCUUCGCGGAAGGAAGAAAUUUAUCAAGCUUUGCAGGGUGGUGUUUAUAGUUUCAGACCUGGCUCCCAAGAAUUUGUCAAUGUCUUGAUGCAUUACAAAAUACCAAUGGCACUGGUCUCAACUCGACCUAGAGAAACCCUGGAUGAUGCAAUGGUUGCCAUUGGGAUUCAAGGGGUCUUCAAUGUCAUUAUUACGGCGGAGGAUGUGUACCGGGGCAAGCCCGAUCCAGAAAUGUUUGUAUAUGCAGCACAAUCGUUGCAGUACAUUCCUGAGCGGUGUAUAGUGUUUGGGAACUCCAAUCUAACCGUGGAGGCUGCACAUGAUGCACGAAUGAAAUGUGUUGCUGUUGCUAGCAAGCAUCCAGUGUAUGAGCUCGGAGCUGCUGACUUGGUAGUUAAGCGCCUCGAUGAGCUCUCUGUGGUUGACUUGAAAAACCUUGCAGACAUUGAAUCAGCUGAAUUCAGGGAACCAGAGUUGGAGAUGGAGCUAGAGGAAGAAGAUGCCCCUCACCCGAGUGUCGAUGUUGAUGACAGUUUCUGGUGACAUCUUUUCUUCUAUUGUACAGUCGGAGAUGUGACUUCCGUGGUUUGGUUAUUGGAGGAAUAUAAGGGGAGAAUCAUAGAAAUUUUGAUAAAUCACAAAUACUGUGACGUAAUAUGUUGAUUGGAACAUUUAUUAGCUAAUGUUUACCACACAUUUAUUACACUAUUAUUAUCAACCAUUAACAUCUGGAUGGCUCAUGGUGGUUAAGUCUUAUGAUAUAUGGUUCUUUGUUUUGAUGAUCAUUGCUCUGAAGCCCCUACAACUGGGUAAAAAGUUGAAAGGGUGGUAAUGUUGCAACUUGCAACGUGACAGACUCUACUUCAUUCUCCGAGUUAUCAGCCACCUGGAAGAAAGGCCUUUUUCUGCGUUACUAAGAUGAAAUCAUGAAAGCAAAUGCUGCUGCUUCCAUCCAGCGGUGGAAUGGAAUCUCUUCUUAAGCUCAUUCGAACGUUGUCUAUGAAUGCCUCAUUGCCCUUUCUUUUGAGCUGUGCUAAUUUAUUUGCCUUUGCAC